AUGUCCAACGGGGGAGAAGUCUGGCCACCAGUUGACUUGAUCAAGGGACUCGCAAUUGAAGCUCAUGCACCAGAGAAAGAGCUCGUCCCUAAUGUACUCAAAGAUUUGCCAGAAGGCACAGAAGUGGUCUCAAUAAACCCUUCGGGCGCGAGUGCAUGGGUGCAGACUCUGUGCAUCGAGACCUAUCAACGGGAUGGACAGAAGACCAAGUUCUUUAAGAAGAAUCAACGUAACAGCUUGGGCAGGCGCAUGAUGCUGGGGACGUACGAGUCUGAAAAGUUCCUCCACACGUAUCUACCCGCCAACGUCCCUAAGCCAAUUGCCUGGGGUGCAUACCGAAACGACCCAGACAUGUAUUAUUACCUCUCUGAGUUCCGCGAAAUGGUUGACGAGGUUCCAGAUCCCGCACAGUUCGUCGACGUUGUUGUCCAGCUUCACCGCGAAAGCUCGGGCAAAUCACCAGACGGCAAAUUCGGGUUUCAUGUCGUUACUCAUCUCGCCAAUAUCCCGAACAAGGCCGGAUGGGAAGAUACCUGGGAGAAACAUUUCACCAACGUCCUGACGAGCAUGAUGGAGAUCGAGUUACUCGCUCAGAACAAGCACGACGACGAGUUCGAAGAGCUCAAGAGGAAGACGCUGGACUUGGUCGUCCCACGACUCCUUCGACCGCUUGAAACGGGUGCUCGUAAGGUCACGCCGUGCUUGAUUCACACCGAUCUCUGGCCUGGGAACUGUAUGCCGGAUGCAGAUACGGACAAAGUUGUUCUGUUUGAUUCCUGUGCGAUGUGGGGUCACCAUGAAGCAGAUUUAGGCAGUUGGAGGGCACCACGCUACCGCAUGGGCAGGCCUUUUAUAAAAGAGUACCAAAAGAAGAUGGGCAUGGACUUUCCCGUCAACGACUGGGAUGAUAGGAAUCUGUUGUACGCCAUGUGA